CUUUCCGCUUUUAUUCUCCCCCGAAAUCCAACGGCGAGAAACAUACUCCCUCGGUUCUCCCCGACCUGCUCGCUCGACCCGUCGGUGGAGGUGGUGGAGCAGCAGAACCGUCAAGCUCGUGGUUGGGCGAAUCCCCACCCCCGCCGCCCUCGGAAAAAUCGGGGGAAGCCCGGCCGUAAAACCCCGGGAUUCUGGCCCCGGCUUCCCUCCCAGACGGUUGCAGCAGCCGGCCUUCGCCCAGGAGCUGGCGGUGGCAAUCCCGGGAUCCGCGCCGGCGAGCCAUUCCCUCCCGCCAGCAGCCGCCCACGCCUCAAGCCCUCUACGGCAGCUACCGUCUCCGUCCUUCCUCCCGUCGCGACAUCGCAGCCUUUCGCCAUUGGGUUCUGAGGAUAAACCACAAUGGCCGUCAAGGGGGGUCCUGCGGACAACAGGACUAGAAGCACCGUGUCUAUAUGCAUAGUGAUUGGCUUGUGCUGCUUCUUCUACAUCCUCGGGGCGUGGCAGAAGAGCGGCUUCGGAAAGGGGGACAGCAUCGCCCUGGAGAUCACCAAGCGGACCGAUUGCACCCUCUUGCCGAACCUCAGCUUCGACACACACCAUUCUAAACAAGGCAGCUCCGGCGAUCUUGUUUCACCAGUGAAGAAGUUUAAGCCAUGCCCCGACCGCUUCACGGACUAUACACCUUGCCAAGAUCAAAACAGAGCUAUGAAAUUUCCUCGGGAGAACAUGAAUUACAGAGAGCGGCAUUGCCCACCUCAGAAAGAAAAGCUGCACUGCCUGGUACCACCGCCUAAGGGAUAUGUUGCUCCGUUCCCAUGGCCCAAAAGUCGGGACUAUGUUCCUUUUGCGAAUUGUCCCUAUAAGAGCUUGACGGUCGAAAAAGCCAUACAGAACUGGGUGCAGUAUGAGGGCAACGUCUUCAGAUUCCCUGGUGGAGGGACACAGUUCCCUCAAGGUGCCGAUAAGUACAUUGAUCAACUGGCAUCAGUUAUACCGAUUGCCAAUGGAACUGUGAGGACUGCAUUGGACACUGGUUGCGGGGUGGCUAGCUGGGGAGCUUACUUGCUAAAGAGGAAUGUUUUGGCCAUGUCGUUUGCACCCAGAGAUUCACACGAAGCCCAAGUACAGUUUGCUCUGGAGAGAGGUGUCCCAGCUGUUAUUGGUGUUCUUGGCACAGUUAAACUCCCUUAUCCAGCAAGAGCCUUUGAUAUGGCUCAUUGUUCCAGGUGUUUGAUUCCAUGGGGAAUGAAUGAUGGACUCUAUAUGAUGGAAGUUGAUAGGGUUCUAAGACCUGGUGGAUACUGGGUGCUGUCAGGUCCUCCAAUUAACUGGAAGGCGAACUACAAGGGUUGGCAACGUACAAAGGAGGAUCUUCAGGCAGAGCAGAACAAGAUAGAGGAAAUGGCUGAGCUUCUAUGUUGGGAGAAAGUCUCGGAGAAGGGUGAGACGGCAAUAUGGAGGAAAAGAGUAAAUACUGAGUCCUGUCCUUCUAGGCUAGAAGAAUCCACUGUGCAAAUGUGUGAAUCAACAAAUGCAGAUGAUGUCUGGUACAAGAAGAUGAAGGCAUGUGUUACACCUCUUCCUGAUGUAGAAAAUCCAAGUGAAGUUGCCGGAGGAGCAAUCAAGCCCUUCCCAAGCAGGCUCAAUGCAAUUCCUCCAAGAAUUUCUAAUGGGUUGAUUCCAGGGGUUUCAUCUGAGGCAUAUCAGAAAGACAACAAAAUGUGGAAGAAGCAUGUGAAGGCUUAUAGCAAUGUGAACAAGUAUCUACUUACUGGUAGGUACAGAAACAUCAUGGACAUGAAUGCAGGUUUUGGGGGUUUCGCUGCGGCUAUUGAGUCCCCAAAAUCUUGGGUGAUGAAUGUGGUGCCAACCGUUGCAAAGAUUGCAACCCUGGGGGCUGUUUAUGAGCGAGGAUUGAUUGGCAUUUACCAUGACUGGUGUGAAGCUUUCUCUACUUAUCCAAGGACCUAUGAUCUUAUCCACGCUAGUGGCCUUUUCACCUUGUAUAGCAAUAAGUGCAGCAUGGAAGACAUCCUCCUUGAGAUGGACCGCAUCUUGAGGCCUGAAGGCGCUGUUAUAAUGCGUGACGAUGUCGAUGUCUUGACAAAGGUGAACAAACUCGCCCGGGGCAUGAGAUGGAACACGAAGCUAGUUGACCACGAGGAUGGUCCCCUAGUGCGUGAGAAGGUCUUGUACGCUGUGAAGCAGUAUUGGGUUGGUGGAAACCAGACGGCCGCAUCGUGAACAAGAACAUAUUCUAACACGGGGAAUUCUGGGAUGCACCUUUGAAGCUGGCGUCCAGGAAUUGAGAUACGGAGUCCUCAGGUGCGAACAGAAUGGCCUACACUUCUCCGGGGUAGCAAUGAAGCAACCAAGGUUUCUUCCUUGCUGUUGAUCGGCAGCAGUAUAUUGUUGUAACAGUUUUGUAAUUUAAUUCCAUUCAUCACUCAGCAUGAACUAGUGUCUCUCUGUUAAUUGAAAGAUGUAUUGUCAAGAAAUAUUAUUGCUUUAUUAGUUUCUGUAAUCUUGCUCA